AUUCUUACCGCCACAAGAAUUUCCUCCAAUUGCAUGCUUAAUCAUUACAUCACCACUUUUUUCCCAUUGAUUAAUGACCACAAAUUUCACACCUUAUGAUAAUUAAUCUAGAUACAAAUCUCAUAUUCAUCAUCCAGUCUACUACUAACUUCAUCACUUAACCCAUUACUAAUGUGUGUAAAUUCAAAAGCCUCCGAACCCAUAAAGCAUACACACCCAUCACAAAUUUCUCAUAUCCAUUUCAAGUUAUCAAACAAUCAACUUGCAAAUUGAUUUGGUCUGACUGCAUAGAAAUGGCAGCAAAACAGGAAAUUGUUGAACCCAAAAUCCCAGAAGUAUUGUUGAAUUCAGGCCACAAAAUGCCAGCAAUUGGAUAUGGAUGUGGUGGCGGAACAUUUCCACUAUUAGAAGAAUCGAUAUCGAUUUUUCUUAAGGCCAUGGAAAUUGGUUACAGGCACUUUGACACAGCAUCUUCUUAUGGAACAGAGGAGGCCCUUGGUAAAGCAGUGGCAAGAGCUUUAGAAAUUGGUUUGAUAAAGAAUAGAGAUGAAUUGUUCAUCACCUCAAAGCUCUGGGUUACACAAAAUCAUCCUGAUCUCGUUCUUCCAUCGCUCAAGCAAACUCUUGAGACUAUUGGGCUAGAGUAUUUGGACCUUUACCUUGUUCACUGGCCAGUGAGGGUCAAAAAGGAGGCAGAUGCAUUCAAGCUUACAGAAGGUGAUGUUCUGCCUUUCGAUAUGAUUGGGACAUGGAAGGCCAUGGAAGAUUGCUCCAACUUGGGUUUGACAAAAUCAAUUGGUUUGAGCAACUUUUCUUGUGAAAAGAUUUCAAAACUCCUUGAAAAUGCCACCAUCCCACCUGCAGUCAAUCAGGUAGAGAUGAAUGUUGGAUGGCAGCAAAGAAAAUUGAUGCCAUUUAGCAAAGAGAAAGGAAUACAUGUGUGUGCUUGGUCUCCACUUGGAGCUUAUGGUCGUGCGUUUUGGGGUUCUAAUGCUGUCAUGGAGAAUGAAAUUCUCAAAGAUAUUGCCGCUUCUAAGAGCAAGACCAUUUCUCAGGUGGCGCUAAGAUGGAUAUAUGAACAAGAAGCAACUCCAAUAGUCAAGAGUUUCAACGAGGAAAGGAUGAAGCAAAACCUUCAAAUAUUUGAUUGGGAACUCACUAAAGAAGAGCACGAUCUAAUUCUGCAGAUUCCUCAACGUAGAGUUGGUACUGGGGAUAUUUUUGUUUACAAAAAUGGACCAAUUAAAUCUGUUGAAGAAUUGUGGGAUGGGGACAUAUGAAGAAGUAGUAUUUGCACUACAAUAUGAACCGCGAGUAAUCCAAACCGUUGUUAUGACCAUGAUUCCGAUCGUUUCUUUUUCACUACUUUGAUAUUGAGGGCUGUCCUGGUGUACCCAAUAAUAUUCCGUGACUAUUCUAUUAUAUAUGUGAUACUGUUCCAUGCAUAGGAAUUUCACUAAAUUGUGUUAGUACAUAUUUUUGUAUAGUGUAUAUUGUAUACCAUAUAUAAUAUGAGAUUUUGGAUCUAUGCAUGCAUGGCUGAUUGCUUGUUCUUGUAUCUCGGAGAUAAUCAAGUGAACACACAGUUCCUCUAUUUUUGUUCUUCUGUCAAUGACAAAACAGAGUUUGAUUAUUGUUUCAUUUGAAAAUUGUUAAUGCUAGCAAGUCUCAUAGCUUUGCUUGGGCUAGCUUUUCAAUAUUUCUAACUAAACAAGUGCACAAGGUAGGUGGUUCAGCGCAAUAGGAAUACAAUGCGAAGAAACUUAUAAUAAAACUAACUUAUUAAUACAAUAAGUUUCUUUAAUGAAUUCAAUCCAAGUAAACUACAAUGUGUUGAGGUUGGGAUCAAUAAAGAGUAAUUAAUAAGUAAGUUGGUCUCAAAACCUAUUACAUGUAGAUUUUAGGUUUAGAUUGGUUUCUUAUUUACUUUUUUGGGCUUGAGAUUAGAAUUCUCUGGGUCUUAUCUUCCGAGCCAAAAUUCC